AUGGCCUCAGCGACUCAAGUCAAAUCUCUCAGGGAGAUCACCGGCGCUGCGCCCGCCACUGCGUCCCCCAGCGACAGCACGCUGAUCAUCAUCGAUGCGCAAAAGGAAUACGGCCAAGGCAAUCUGAAGGUGGUCGACGCAGAGCGAAGCCGCAAGGCCAUUGCCUCUCUGCUGGAGAAGUACCGUGCGGCAGGUGAUGGGAAGAACAUUGUGCACGUCGUCCACAAGGCUCCAGAGGGUGCCCCGAUAUUUACACCCAACACGCCUCUGGCCGAGGAAUUCGACGAGUUGAAACCCCGUCCCGGCGAGAAGGUCGUCUGGAAGGAAGCUAUUUCCAGCUUUGCCGGCACGGAUUUGCACGAGUACUUGACGAGUCUGGGGGAGAGGGGCAAGAAGACGGUCAUGACGGGUUACAUGGCACAUGUCUGUGUGAGCACCACAGCCCGAGCUGGUAACGAUUUGGGAUACAACGUCCUCUUGGCCAGUGAUGCCAUUGGUGACCGAGACAUACCCGGGUUGAGCGGAGCCGAGGUCACCGAGACAGUAUUAAGGGAGUUGAACGAUGCUUUUGGAACAGUUGUCCAAAGCGCAGACAUCAAAUAG